CCAUCGCUUAUUACUGUAUCAAACUCGGCGAGGGCAGCACGACGCAUAAUGUCCGCAAAGAUAAUAUUCAUAUUUCUAGUGUCAGUUUUAGUAUUAGCACGUUGUGAAUACAAAUAUCAAACGAAAUGGUUCACAGUUCCGUUAGACCACUUUGGUUUUCAAAGAAACGAAACUUUUAAAAUAAGAUAUUUAGAGAACAGUGAAUACUGGGACGAUGGACACGGCCCGAUAUUUUUCUACACGGGAAACGAGGGCCAGAUCGAAGCCUUCGCGCAGCACACAGGUUUCAUGUGGGAAAUUGCGUCAGAUUACAAAGCGAAGUUAAUCUUCGCCGAACAUAGGUACUAUGGUCAAUCAUUGCCCUUUGGCAACAAGUCAUUAGAAAACGAAAAUAUUGGUUAUUUAACGGCUGCGCAGGCGUUGGCCGAUUACGCUGACCUUAUCAACUACCUUCAGGGUGACAAGCUAGAACCGCGAUACCCUGUCGUCGUUUUUGGAGGGUCAUACGGAGGAAUGUUAGCGGCUUACUUUCGUAUAAAAUACCCGCAUUUGGUGAACGGAGCAAUCGCAGCCUCCGCUCCUAUUCACAUGUAUCCCGGCAUGGUGCCUUGCGAAGUAUUCGACAGAAUUGUGACUUCAAGUUUUAAGAUUGCUAAUCAGAAUUGUGUUAAAAACAUCAAAAACUCUUGGAGUACUUUAAGGAAUUUUGUAAAAUUACAAAACAACAGUGAAUGGUUACGAAACGAAUGGAAUCUAUGUAAUCCUAUCAAGAACUCUACAGAUGUUCAGUCGCUUGUAGAUUACCUUCAGUCGAUGUACGAGACCCUGGCGAUGGUCAACUAUCCAUUCGAAUCGGAUUUCCUAAUGCCACUACCAGCGCAGCCCGUUAGAGUCGUGUGCCAGUAUUUGAACGAAACGUUAAAAGACAAAAAACUACUUCAGGGCAUUGGAAAAGUUUUGAAAACAUUUGCAAAUUAUACCGGCAAGGCGAGUUGUGUGGAUUAUAAGGAUGACAAUUAUGGAAAUCUUCAAGCAAGCGGUUGGGAUUAUCAGGCCUGCACAGAAAUGGUGAUGCCUAUGUGCACAACCGGUACAUACGAUAUGUUCGAACCUAAGCCGUGGGACUUCACGAAAUACGCCGAAGAUUGUCACAAGAAAUACAAGGUGUACCCCCGACCGCAGGGAGCCCGGGUGGAAUAUGGUGGAUCAAAGCUGCAAGCUGCUUCCAAUAUUGUCUUCAGUAACGGAUUGUUAGAUCCUUGGGCUGGAGGUGGAAUUCUUAAUAGUAUCAGUAGUUCAGUGACUGCUGUUGUUAUAAUAGACGCCGCCCAUCACCUCGACCUGAUGCCUUCUAGUGAUCAAGACCCUGCCUCUGUGAAGAUGGCAAGAAACAUCCAUAGACAAAAUAUAGACAAAUGGAUAAGACAGUUCCGCGAAGAACAAUCUGCAAAACAGUGAUAUAUUUUAACAUAUCAAUAAAGAUUGAUACACUUAA